UAUUUUUUACUAUUGAUUAAUUUUGUUGAAGUCUUUGGAAUUGAGUACAAAAGAAAUUACACAAUGAAAAUAAUAAGCAUCGUCUUUGUCGUUGUUAUUAUCGGGGCCAUGUCUAUCGACGUUCUUGGAUAUUCGCGAAAUGGAUCUAGAAGACUGGGGAGAUUGCGAUACCCGCAUGCCCGUGCGAUGACUAAAGGCAGCAGAAACAUGGUAUCAGGAUAUCCCAAAAUCUGCAAACGAUUUUGUGAGAAAAAAGGCGACAACUUUGUUGUUAGCUGUUGGAGAAGUUCCAAGUCACUUCAAAAACAUAAAAGAUUCGAGGAACGCUGCUGGGCUUGCAGAAAUAUGUGCUUUGAACGAGCUUACGACUUGAGCGGCUGAAGUGGCCAACAAACAUCUGAAUUAAUCGCUCGCUCGCAAUCGAACCGCUCUGAAUUAAUACUCAAUGACUUUGUAUAUAUAUUAACAAUGAUUAUGAUUUCAA